CGAGCAAACCUCCGAUGAACGACGAGUGGAAAAAAUAAUUAUUAUUUUAAAUUCCGUUUUGCCAGCGAAAUUCCAACGCGAGKGAGCUACCAAAAAAAAAAAAAAAAAAAAAGAAGUGCGCAAAACAAAAAGCAAUGCUAAUUUAAAGUAUGAAACGAGCAAAGUGCAAUUCGCUGUGCAAUGAUACGGCUAGCCAAAUAGAAUAAAUUAACUAUUUGCAAAUUACGAAAAAGCAGCUGAAAAACCAAUUGAGUCGAAUGUGUGGCUACAAUCGUGUGCGUACGCGAGUGUGUGAGUGAGCGGGCAAGAACAUCGUAAAGCGGAAAGGUAGCGGGACGGACGGACAACAGCGCAAAUAAACGAAAGGAAAUAAAAAUAAAACGAAAAGUUAACAGCCAGAAAGAAAAAAGAAGGUAAAAUAUAAGAAAAGACAAAUGCGAAAUAAAACUUGGCGGUAAAUGCUGCACAGUUGCAAUUGUAUGAGUGCAUCUCUCUCGAUCUCUGCGUACGUGUGUGUUUGUCAGUUUGUUUGCGUAUGUGUGUGAGUGCGCGCGUCAAAUGUGCAUAAAAAUAACCAAUAAACUGCGCCACAACAACAUCAGCAACAACACUAACGCACCGUUUACUGUAAUCGCGAUCUCUAUGCGUGUACACUACGUAAUAUAGGAAUACGUAACGCUUAAAACGUAAGGCGGCAAAUAAAAACAACAAAAGCUGAAAAAAUUGUACAAUUAGACGACGUAAUGCGUGUGCCAUGUGUGCAACCAAUUAUGCAAAAGAGGACCAACAAAUUGAACGACUGUGGCAACGUCAGCGCUGAUGUGCACUUGCAACAACAAAUUGCAAAGCUCUAAAUUUAAAUAGAAAUAGCAACAACACCAAAGCGCUGCCAACAGCAGGACGGCAACGCCAACGUCUGCGCCAGCGUCGUCGUCGUCGUCGUCAACGUUUUCGUAGCACUGAGCUUUUGGCAGACUGAGCCUCAGCGAAAGUGAAGACGUGCCUGCUAGAGGGGCAGAGCGAGCGAGAGAGAGAGAGGGACGUUAACAAUAAAUAACUGCAAUUGAAAGUUAAGAGAGCAACACUUGCUCAUACAUACAAAAUGGCCGCCGUGCGGGGACAUCAGUACUUUAGUCUGCGUUGGAAUAACUAUCAGAACACGAUGACGUCAGUGUUUCAGCAGCUGCGCGAGGAUCUCUCCUUCGUCGAUGUGACCUUGUCCUGUGAGCAUGGCUCGCUUAAGGCCCACAAGGUCGUCUUAUCCGCCUGCUCAACGUAUUUCCAAAAGCUGCUGCUCGAGAAUCCGUGCAAGCAUCCAACGAUUAUAUUACCCGCCGACAUCAUAUUCACAGACCUAAAGACAAUUAUCGAUUUUGUUUAUCGCGGCGAAAUCGAUGUUACCGAAUCGGACUUACAGGGUCUGUUGCGCACCGCGGAGCAAUUGAAAAUCAAAGGACUGUGCGAGCCGGCCGAGAAUGCGGACGAUUUGAAUGACGCUGCAUCGGCGAUAAUCACUGUAUCGGAGAACAUACAGCAGGCGGUCGUUGGCAAUAUUGUGAAUGCGAGUCUAGUGUCUGGUGCUCCGUCGCCCACACUCGAGCAGCAACAGCAACAUCAUCAGCAACAGCAGCAGCAGCAACAGCAGCAGCAGCAGCAACAGCAGCAGGAGCACCAGCAGCAGCAAUUGGUGAAUAGUGCGCUGCUGGCCCAGCAUACGCUUGCCACCAGCAGUGGCAUACAGUUGGCGGCAGGGCAACAGCUGUUGAGCAAUACAGCCGGCGGCGGCAACAGCAGCAGCAGCAACAGCACUAGCCUGCAACAGUUGCAGCAGCAGCAGCAGCAACAGCAACAGUUGCAGCCAACGCCGCGUAAAUCGCGACUGCGUAAACGCUCCAAAUCGCCAGAUUUACAGCUACAAACACAAUCGCAGCAGCAACAGCAACAACAGCAGCAGCAGCAGCAACAACAACAACAUCAUCAUCAUCCACAAACGAUACUCAUCCAGGGACAGAAUCAAACAUCGAUCGUGAGUCUGCAGCAAACGGCCGACGGCAAUUAUAUACCAGUUGCAACAACUGGCGACGACUCCGAUUGCGAUAAUAAGCCGCAAAAGAUUUGCAAGACAGAGCAGUCGGUGGCCUCGCCGGCAUCCAACUCGUCCACAUCGAAUAAUGCAGCGGGCGUGAGCGGCCAGGCGAUUGUGACACAAAUUGUAGUAGCGCGCGACGGAAAAGAUAAAAAUAUGACUAGUUUAGGCAUGGGCAUGAACGGCGGUCUGUUGGGCGUGCCCAUGGGCUUUCUGGACUUCACACCGGAACCACCAGCACCAUCGGCCACACCAGUCACCGUUACGGAACACGUCGAUCUAUCGUGCAACCCCAGCACCGACACACGCGAUCUAUCAAAUCCCACCGAACAGCUCGACAUAGACAAUCAUUUGGCUCAGCAAAUCCAUCGGCUCGAUCAAUCUCCCAUGCACUCGAUAGCGCACCAUCAUGCCACCGGGGACGAGAGCAACUCGAAUCUGGUGCAGCAUAUCAAGAGCGAGGUAAUCGAGGCCAAGCAUCUGGCUCAUGUGCAACAGCAGCAGCAGCAACAGCAGCAGCAACAACAGCAGCAGCAGCAACAACAACAACAGCAGCAACAGCAACAGCAGCAACAUGCAGCACAUCAUCAUCAGCAUUUGCACGCUCAGCAAUUGUUGGCGCAAAGUCAGCAGCAACAGCAACAACAACAGCAGCAGCAGCAACAGCAGCAGCAGCAGCAACAACAGCAACACCAACAGCAGCAGCAGGCGGCGGUGCAUGCAGCACAGCAUGCAGCGCAUGCCACGCAUGCGGAUAUUGGUGGUGCCACCGUCAUGGAGAUUGAUCCGAGCCAGAUCAAGCACGAGCCGGGCAUGAUUAUAACGCCAGAGAUUGUCAAUAUGAUGUCCACCGGGCAUAUGGACAUGUACAACUCGGAUACGAGCGAGGACUCAAUGAUGAUCGCCAACGGUUCGCCGCACGAUCAGAAUGAGCCGCAUUAUACGAAUUUGGAUCAGCAGCACGGCGGCCUGGGUGGCAGCGUAUGCGGCCCCGGCGCCGGUGGUGUUGGCGGUGGUGGUGGUGGUGGUGGUGGCGGCAUUGGUGGUGGUGGUGUUAAUGCUGGCGAGAAAGGUCAGUUUAAUGGUCCCAAAGCUUGGACACAAGAUGAUAUGAAUUCAGCUUUAGAUGCAUUAAAGACCCAAAACAUGAGCCUGACGAAAGCAUCUGCCAUUUAUGGCAUACCAUCAACGACCUUAUGGCAGCGUGCUCACCGUUUGGGCAUCGAAACGCCUAAGAAGGAGGGUGGCACCAAAUCGUGGAACGAGGAUGCCCUACAGAAUGCCUUGGAGGCAUUGCGUUCGGGUCAAAUAUCGGCUAAUAAAGCAUCCAAAGCGUUUGGCAUACCCUCAUCGACGCUCUACAAGAUAGCGCGUCGGGAGGGCAUUCGGCUGGCGGCGCCAUUCAAUGCCGCACCAACCACGUGGACGCCCGAGGACUUGGAGCGUGCAUUGGAGGCGAUACGCGCUGGCAAUACGUCUGUACAGAAAGCAAGUGCCGAAUUCGGUAUACCGACAGGAACACUUUAUGGACGCUGCAAACGGGAGGGCAUCGAACUGUCGCGUUCGAAUCCAACACCUUGGUCCGAGGAUGCUAUGAACGAGGCAUUGAACUCGGUGCGCGUCGGUCAGAUGUCCAUCAAUCAGGCGGCCAUACACUACAACCUGCCCUACAGCUCGCUCUACGGCCGCUUCAAGCGUGGCAAAUACGAUGUGGUGGCCAAUACAAGUGGCAUCUCGAUUAACAACACGUCCGGCAAUACGACCGGCAGCAUUGAGAUUAUCGAACAUAGUCAGGAGAAUUCGUUGCAUAUGUUGCAGCAUCAGUUCCCGUACAGUCCGUCGCCGCAUGCGCAGACGCCGCAGCAUCACGGAACGCCGCAGCAUCAUGGCACGCCGCUGCAUCACAGUACGCCGCAUCACAGUUCGCAGCAGGGGCCGCCGACGCCGCAGGGCAUGCAGCAGCAUGUGGUGCACAUGCAACAGUCGCCACAUCAGGCGCAUCAUCAGCAACAGCAGCAGCAGCAGCACAUGCAACAGGAUGUCGUCACAUCGAGCAGCCAGGUGGUGCACAGCCAACAGCAGCAACAGCAGCAGCAGCAGCAGCAACAACAGCAGCAGCAGCAGCAGCAGUUGCAGCAGAUCUAUCAGCAUCACGGCACGCCCGAGCGUAGUUGAGAAUCACUGCACGCCGCGGCUAUGUUGGGCGGCGGCGGCAAUAUCAGUGGCAGCACGGCAGCAACAGCAGCAACAGCAGCAGCAGUAGCAGCAGCAGCGGCAGCAACACCAUUUGCCAGCAUAACGGGUCUGGGCAGCGGGGCGACUGCGACGCCAGCGUCGACAGCGGGCACCAGCAGCAAGCGCAAGAAAGCGACCAAGCAAAAGCGUUGAGAAAGCGCCGCUGAUGCAGCUGCCAGCUGCUGCAAGAGAGAGAAACAGGAGAAGAUAGAGAAGAAGAUGAAUGUUGUUAACACUGUUAACGCUGCCACGCCCACCAACACAAAUGCCACCGUCGCCGCCACCAUUAAAUUUCGCUUUAAUGCGAAGCAUUGGAAGCGCAAGUUGAAGCAGUUUCAUUUGUUAUUGUCGAAGCCAACUUAAACCAACAGAGGGAGAGACCGAAAAUGAGAGAGACAGACCGAAAAAGAGAGAGGGAGGAGGGAGGAGUGAUGAUGAGCAAGGAAUGUAGACAUAAUGAGCAUAUAUAUUAAAGCGCGAAGACAAAGAGAAUGUCACUUUAUUUUCAGGAAUUCAAAAAAUGAAAACCAAUCAAAAUCCAAUAAGAAAUUUUCAAAAAUGAAAACUUGAAGCAUUAAUUACACAAUUUGAAAUGUGUAUCAAAUGUAAAUAAUUAUUAAAUAAUUUUUAACUGUAAAUGAACUAUUAUGCUUUACAUUACACUACACAACACACGACACAACUCGAAAUCGUUAGAGCAGCACUUUGUUAGUUAUUUAAAAGAAAAACAAAUUAUUAUUAUUAUUACUAUGGGACAAAUAACUUGGACGUGUGUUAUAUUUUUCAUAUAUAUAUAUAAAGUCAUUGAUAUAAACAUUACAUAAAUUUUAAGAGCCAAAUCGUGGCAAAUGCCCGAUUUAUUGUUUUGAUAGCAGAAUUUUGAUUUUUUGUUCACUUUUCUAUUUAAUUUAGUGUGAGACUGAAAGUGCGCCC